AUGUUAACGAGAAACUUCAGCCGAGAAGCGUUAAAAAGGGUGAGUAGUUCGCGGUGUGUCAGUAAAAAUUUAGGUUAUGUGAAAAAUGAAAUGAAAAUUUCCAACUUGAUGACAAAAAGAAAUAUAUCCUUCACGAGAAUUCAUUUAACACACUAUCUGGAGGAUUAUUACACGUCGUCAGAAAUUGCCACUAAUAUGGUAUCACCCAUGUCUGAAUAUGUUUGGUGGAGUUGGCUUUUCCUAAAGGCCGCUAUAGUUUUUGGUACAUUAUUCCAUUCAAACUAUUAUUUUACGGGAAAGGCAUUACCAAAAGUUCAAGGAAAUUCUCAAUUGUGUGAAGAUUCAUGGUGA